AUGUUUCUCCAUUCUGGCGCGAGCCUGCAUGGGCACGAAUAUUCCAAUAAGACCGCCACCGGCGGCCCUCAGCCUGCGCGGAGCCGAAUGCUCCUACGCUCCUCGUUAGGCGCAUCACCACUUCAGCGAUCAUCCUUUUCCACCGACGAGACCGAGACACCGACUCAGCGUAUCAACCGCCGCCUCUCGUUACAAGAGCCAGGAGCCGCUACCCGUCCUGUACGCCGGACCCGACCGGUGUCCGACUUUGUGUCAAGGAGAGACCUUGUCGUGCGGUUCGAGGAAGAACCUACCGUUGUGGGCGAUGAGACACACGGUCUCGAUGGUGUCAGCGAAGACGAAGGCAGUCUGGUAUCGGAGAUCAGCGAUACCAGCACUGUAAAAAGAUCGAAGAGGUCAAGACGAGCUGCGAGGCAAUGCACUAGUUAUCUGCUGGCCUACCCUCCCCCUAAACUUCGCACGAAACAAAGACGCUUCGUUUCCAUCAGGCCGCGACUCCUGCUUCAGCUGCAGCAACUAUCCAAUGAGAAGCGGCCCAUGCCGGCCAUUGACGUCGUCCCCUCGAGCAUGAUCGCCGGGACUGUCAUCCUCCCCCGUCUCGCGCGACGCUUUCCCAAGAUGUUCAGGGUCAAGGGACAGUUGGGCAUGAACGGCCUCAUCUUAGCCAGGAGCGAGGACUACGAUAAUGAUGCCGACGACUCGGACUCAAACGAUAAGGAUCUUGACAAGCGUGACUUGGUGGCCGUCAUUUCGCCAGUUUCGUCGCGCAAAGAGGGCGAGAGAAGGGAUUCAAGUGAGGAGACGGAAAUCGUACUAGCGGACGGUUCAGUAUGGACGGCCACACAAACCAGCAAUGGGUCGUACGACUUUGUUCACAUGGACGAGGCCGGCCAAACGAGAAUUGCGAGAUGGGCGAGACGAAGUACCCGGCCGCUUUCCACUGCGACUUGCACCACAGUAUCGAAUCCCGCUCCAUCGGAGUACAAGUUCACCUUUAGCAUUCUCGAUCCCCAGCUUCGACGACACCCCGUCAUGGCAACUUUGACGCCAGCCAACCUCGAGAUCCUGGACAACUACACAACCGUAUCGCAAUCGUCAGGACGCUAUCCCAUGCGACCCUUCAGCACGGAUCUCUCUGGCGACAAGGGAGUUUCGUCCCCUCCCGCAACAACCUCUCUCCCUGUCGCGCAACGAGAGAUCCACCCUGUCGAUGAGGCAACACGAACCCUAAUUACUGUAACAUCCGUCUGGGUCUCACUCCGCCAUGGCCAAGGCUGGGCAUCUUCGGCAGCCUCUCCGGUUCCGGGGACCUACCGACCGGUACAGUCUCGAACCGUGAGCGGUAGUAGUAGCCAGAGUCGCGCAUCAACCUUUCCGGUGUCAACAACGGAAAUGAGUCGAAUCUCCUCUCCGCCUCUGGUGCAACAGCAGUUUGUCACUCAGCCCGCGCCAAACACGCCCAAAAGGACAGUUUCAUCUGGUGCCGCUUUCAUGCAGCGCCGUCAAACGAAGCUCGGGGGCGAAUCGUUAACUGCCGACAAUGCGGCCGAGAAUGAAGACUUGAGCGGGCUCGAAAACGUACCCGAGCCUGUGCCUUUGAAGCGGAGUUUCUCCAAACGAAUCCGCGAUUGGGGCCAUCGCUUCACCUCGCGGAAGACAGCAACUGUUUAG